CCCACACACACACAUGGCAAAGCAGACCAGUGAAGCAUUUCCCAUGAACGGUGGAAACGGGCCUUACAGCUAUGCCCACAAUUCGACCUACCAGAAAGAGGGAGUUGACAGCACAAAGGCGAAGAUUCAGGCAGCAAUCGCCGAGAAGCUUGACAUCAAACAUCUCCCUUCUUCUUUGAAGACCUUCACAAUCGCAGACUUGGGCUGCUCGUUUGGACCCAACACCUUCAUCGCAGUGCAGAACAUAAUAGAAGCUGUAGUGCUCAAGUACAAGUCUCAAGGAACAUUCAGUUCUGACGUUCCCGAAUUUCAAGUUCUCUUCAAUGACCACUCCUCCAAUGAUUUCAACAAACUCUUCGAAUCCCUUUCUCCCGAAAUGCCAUACUAUGUAGUGGGUGUGCCUGGUUCCUUUCACGGCCGGCUAUUUCCCAAGGCUUCCGUUCAUUUUGUACACUCCUCGUAUGCACUCCAUUGGAUCUCCAGAGUACCACCACAAGUGGUGGACAAAAGCUCUCCUGCAUGGAAUCAAGGAAGAGUGCAUUACGCAAGUGCCCCUAAUGAAGUCUUAGAGGCUUAUUCUGCUCAGUUCUCCAAGGACAUUCAGUCCUUUCUUGAUGCUAGGGCCCAAGAGAUGGUCUCUGGAGGCUUGAUGACCAUUAUAAUCCCAGCCCUCCCUAAUGAAACCCCUGUGUCUCAAUCCACUUUUGGUGCAGUGAUGGACCUCUUGGGAUCUUGCUUCCUGGAUAUGGCCAAGAUGGGAUUAAUGAGUGAAGACAAAGUGGACUCCUUCAAUUUGCCCCUCUACGCCACAUCGCCCAAGGAGUUGGAGGCUUUGAUAGAAAGAAAUGGGUGUUUCAGCGUUGAGGGAAUGGAGGCACUGAAUCGUCCAAUGACUCAUGACGCUGCAUAUAAUGCCAAACUUUGUUUGUCGCACAUGAGAGCUACUUUGGAGGGACCCAUCAGAGAACACUUCGGAACCGAGAUCAUAGAUGAGCUGUUCCACCGGUUCGCAGAGAAAUCUGCCAUGUCUUCCAUCUUCAUCAACUCUGACGGAUGGGCAAUUGACCUGCUUGUUAUUUUGAAGCGGAACUAAAGCGUGAUUGAUUAAUUGAUGCCAUUUGGGCUUGAUAGAUCGAUUGCCCUGUCAAUCUAAGCUCUUUAUGAUCUUUCUAAAUAAAAUACCAUGGGGCGGAGUUUGUUUAAA